GACGCGGCCCUGGUGUCUCUUUUUGGCACAAGCAGAGGCUUUUGGGGACUUACCGGAAACCAAACUUUUUUUUUCAAGCCUCAAACUUGUAGCUGCUGCUGAAGUCGAAAGAGGAAAAAGAGCAACAGAGUCCCGUUACAUUUCACCCUCGUUGUACGCAGUUCCUUGUUUUUCUUCUUCUUCUUCUUCUUCAUCGUCAUGUUGAAUGUGGGAAAGUUGAGACGAAGAGCGAUCAAGAGUUUUAACCCGAGAUAAAGUCCUGCGUCGAGCGUUUUUUCUCCUGCGCAUAACGGGAUCUUUGUUUUUAUAACAUGGAUGAUGGUGUGAAAGAGGAACCAGCCAAGCCCAAAGAGGUGAAGAGCGCAGAGAAGGCCGGCUGGUUGAAGAAGUCUUCAGGGAAGUUCUUGAGCAGCUACAAAGACAGAUACAUUCAGCUGGACCGAACUGUCAUCGCCGUCUAUGAGAACGAGGAAUUAACAACAUGUCUGGAGAAACUGGAACUGGACAACUACGAGACGUGCCACGAGCUGAAGAGUGCAUUCAAGAAGAAACACAGACUGGUACUAAUACGAAGCCCCAAGAGCGGUAGCAAGGUCCAAGAUGUCAAACUUCAGGCACCGACUCCUGAGGAGAAGGAGGCCUGGAUCAAGGCGCUGUGUGAAGGAAUUAAUAGGGCAAAGAACAAAGUUUUUGAUGAGGUGAAAAUUGAUGAAAGCAGUACUUUAGAGCAUGUCACACGGGACCGACCUAAAGGGAACCGUGGAAGAAGACCACCAACGAGGAUACACAUGAAGGAGGUUGCAAAUGUUUCCAUUGAUGGAAUGUUAAGACUUGACCUUGAUGGAGAGGUUACCAUGCUCAAUGGAACCCAUACCUUGAAUAAAGAAGGGGAUAAACAGAAGGAAACUUCUAAACCAGCCGUAACAAUGAACAACAUCCAGGAGGAAGACACUGAAGAGGAACCCACACCGCAGAAGAAAGUUAAGCCGCCCAUGCCUCCAUCAAAAGAUAACAAACCCUGUGAUAGCAUAAAAGAGGAUGAGCCCAAAAACGAGGAGCCUGCACCACAGAAGAACAUUGUUACGCCACCGAUGCCUCCAUCCAAGGAGUCCAAGCCUAGCACCUCUUUGGAGUCUGAAGCAGACAGCAUCGACUCUUCUGAAUCAACCCCGUCCACCAAGAGUGUCCAGCCUCCAGCUCCGCCAUCGAAACAUAUAAAACCCAACCAACCGUUAACACCAACCACAGGCACAACAGUGCAAAAAGAAACCCAAGAGAAAAACGAGGAGGUUGACGCUGAUGCAGGUACUAAAGUCAAUGGAGCUUCAAAGGAGAAAGAGGACCAGGACAAACCGGAAGAAGUCGAAAUCUUGAUUCUUUCCAAACAAGUCAUGAAACCUCAAGUGGUGAUGUGGGACUCACCUGUUAUUGUUUCAAAAGAUGCCGAACAAGAAGUAAAAAGCUCAAAGAAGGCCUAUGAUAUUACUAGAGAAGUUGCGACCACAACAGAGCCGCAGCAGCUGAAUCCAGCUCCAAGUUCAACCCCUGAAUCUGUUAAAAAGAGUCCCGGGCCUCCUGCUCCACCCAAGAAGAAGCCAAUUAAGGCACCAGCCAAAAAGGAGGACACUCCCCACCAAGGUGACCAACCAGUCCUUUUGGACUCUUCUACUGUGUCUUCGGAAAAAGUCUCAGAGCAGUCUUUCGAAAAGGAUGAUACCAAAUUAACAAUUCCAGAUCCCAAAACUGAGCCAGUUGGUGAUGUUUCAAGUGAAGAAAUAGAGGAGAAGUCUUUAGACAGUGGUCAGCACUCAGGAGAGGAGUCUGAGACCGGUGACCAAGUUACACCAUCCUCCACAAAGCUCAAAGGAAGCUCCCAGGGAUUAGAUUUGGAGACAAGCGAGGAUGAUCUAGAACCAUCUGACAGCAAAGCAGAGAGUUUGGAGGAGCCGUCGUUGGAAACUCCGUCUGUCACCCCAGAGACCUCAGUUCUCAGUGCACAUCCAACCCCAAACCAAUGCCCCAACAAGUCCAUGUCCCGCGCUAUGCCUCUCAAUCACUCCUCCAAGGGCCGUUCUGCAUCCCUUGGAGACCUUCUUUCUGAGAGCACAGAGAGGAUAGAAAGCAAGGGAAAACCACAAGGAAGUGAGCUCAAGGUCUUGCAAAACAAAGUGUCUAUCGAGAUUGAAAAGACAGGAGAGCUGCUGAAUGCAAUUGCGACCGGACAGAGCGAAGACAAGGAGGAAGCGAGCCCAGAGAUGCUGCUAGCUGCAGCCAUGGAGAAGCUCAGGAAAGCCGACCAGUUCCUAAGGGAAGCCAGAAGCUUUAAAGAUCUAAAGAGCAGCAACAGAUUAAGUUUGUAAUGGUAAGUGUUGGUGUACAGAACCAAUAGGGAUGAUCCAUGCUGAAAAUGCAAUAUACAGUAUGAAAAUGAUCAAAUGAAGUACUUAUGCUAGCCUAUGCUAGCUAGCUAAUGUAGAUGUGUAGCUUCUACGGUGUGUGCUAAUGUAGCUUGUGCAUCAAGGACAUCCAAUCCUGCUCCUGGAUUUCCACUUUCCUGCAUAUAUUAAGUCCAACAGCUUUUUUCAAGUCAGUCUAAAAAGCUUGAUUAGCUGAUCCAGGACUAUUGCUGCAUUCCAAACAACUCUGGAAAUGAGAGUUGUUCUACUUUCUACUUUGAAAUAACAUCUACAAGGAUGCCCAAACUCUGUUCUGGAGGGCCGGUGUCCUGCAGAGUUUAGUUUCAACCACAAUUAGACAUACCUAAACCAGCUAAUUAAGUUCAUUCUAGGUAUACAAGAAACUUCCAGACAGGUGUGUUGAAGGAAGUUGGAGCGAAACUAUGCAGGACUCUGACCCUCCACUGAGUUUGUGCAUCCCUGACCUAGAAUGUUGCUUGGAGUCUGACAUCCAACCUGUGAACUUGGGGCAGAUCCAAGAACUCUGACCUCAGAAAAACUCUUAAUUUGACGUCACUUCACAAAUGAGGGCUAGUUCUGUUUCAGUGAGAUUAGUACGGAGCUAUCUUUUGUGAAAUGUAAAAAUAAACCUUAAAGUACUUUUAUAGCACAAAAGGAGUGGGGAACCUUACUAAUUAAGGCCCAAUUCUAUUUUUGUACCCCUACCCCUUCCCUUGGCCCUUAAAACGUGUGACGGGGAAGGGCUUCAAAAUUUACCCCUAAGAAUUGGGACAAAACUACAAUACCUACAUGUCAUCGCAAUCUCUUAAUUCAUAUAAGAUCGACAACAGCAAGUGCUGUAGUUAUUACAAUAUUUUUUGGUAUUCAUCUUGAGGAAAUCGCCGAAGGCAAUGAUAUCAUGUUUUCAUAACGAUAUAAUGCGACAGUAAGAUCAUAACUCUACUGUGCAUUUACACUCCACAUUCCUACUCCAUCCAGGUUUUAUUUCCGCUCCCACUACUCAUUCAUUAUAAGCUUCAGAAUGGGAGUCUAUUGUUUGACCACUCACACCCAUUCAAAUUACACUCGAGUUCUGCCUGCUCCCACCUUAUAAACAGAAAAAUUAACCAUGCAGUCAGGAAUGCAGACCUCAAUUUUAGUGCAAUUAACUAUUUUCAAAGGACAAAAUUUUUCUAGCAUUUGUCUUCUAUUUGUUUUAGCCAAAAUAACAUGAAAUAUUAUGAAAUAUUCACAUUUCAUGUGGUGAAAAUACAACUAUGUGCGCAAUCAACUGGAAAGCUGGACAUUUCACUACUGAAAUUUCUACUUCCAACAAUGUGUAUGGAACACAGCAUGUCUUACUAUUGGGAUAUGGGAAGGUCUGUAUUACUUACUGUUGUAAAAAGUGUGAUGACUAAAUUGGAUCAUAUGAGGCACCUCACAGCCAAUCCCAUGGGCUCUGGUGUCCUUCCCUGUAUGCCGCAAAAAAGUUAAUGUUAGCUUUAAGCUGUGGCCACACUGCACUAUUCAUCCCAUAGAAUUCCAUUCAUACGCAUGCGAGUGCCACAGACCGGAAACGCAAGCUUGUGCAACAAGUUUUUCAGUUCGCUGCGUCGCAAAGUUCAAGCUUGGUGGACUCUCACCUGUGAAAUCGCAUCAUGUGAUUGCAUGAGACCAAUAGAAGAUCAAAACAUGACCUCUCUGGACAGAAAUGUAAAAUAUUGACCAAUUGCUCGCUUUUGAAAUAUCUAAUCGUCUUGUUUAAUCCCACCUCUUUUCGCAGUGCCAUAGGACUGAAAUUCGCAUGCUCAAACUCUAGUGUGACUGCGGAAUUAAGCUGCAGUCACACUGGGCUUUUCUCCCCAUAGACUUCCAUUCAUACGCACGCGAAUGCGUCAGACCAGAAACGCAAGGUCAUGCAUCAAGUUUCGCAGGUUGCUGCGGUGCAAAGUUCAAGCUUGGUGAACUCUGACCUGUAAAAUCGCAUCACUUGACUGCGUGAGACCAAUCAAGGGUCAAAACAGGACCUCUCUGGACAGAAAUUUAAAACAUGGAGCAAUCUCUAAUUUUUUUUUAAAUGUCUAAUCAUCUUGUUUAAUCCCGCCCCUUUUCGCAACGACGCACGACAGAAUGUCGCAUGCUCAAACUCUAGUGUGACCGCAGCUUUAGUCAUUAUGCUCUUGGCUAAUGGCUUCAGGCUUGUCUUGGUUCAGGUAUGUUUAAUUAGAGCUAAACUCUGCAGGACAGUGGCCCUCCAGGAACAGGAUGAUACUGCAAGUUGUUGCUAGGAUGAGAAACCAUUGUCUCUCCUAAAUAAGUAAAAGAAUAGCUACAUUGUACAGGCUACAUGUUCUGUUGUAGUGAAACAUGAAAAAUUGCUAGCCAAUUAGCAUUCCUUCUGCUGUGUCGAGUAGUUUUGUUUUAGCUUGUUUCAGUUGAACAGUUACAAUUUCUGUUUAAUAUCCCAUACAUUUUGGUCUUUUGACAUUAGGCACUUUUGUUAGAUUUGUUGUACACAUAAAAUGUGAUUUCCUUAUAAGAUCACAAACCCUCAUUGAUCACGUGCACAUAAUCACUAUUGGGAAUUGUUAGCUUUUUAUGCUAACUGCACUGUAACUCCUAUGUGAAAGGAGGAGUGGACAACUGUGUGAAAUGUCAGUCAUUAAGCUCUUUUGUUGCUAGCAAGCAAUUAGUAAAAGGGAGAAAUCAAUUGGGAGAGAUAUCUUAGUCGUUUUAAAAGUUGCAUGCUUUGCUCAUUUCUCAUUUUAAAACUGCUUCAAGCGGUUGCAGGCUUUUUGCUAACUUAAACCGAACUGAUUCUGAUCACUCAUUCCUGAACUCCACCCAUUAAAACAGUAUCAGCCAAUCCAAAUGUGCUCAGUCAUUCACAGGGAGAGAGGUUUUUGUUUGUUUGGCUAGUUUUCAGAUUGGCUGCUCUCCUGAUACUGUUUACCAAGCCAAGACAAAGAGAUAAGUGUGUUUCUUGAGACCCCUAUUUUCAGUGAUAAUAAUAAAAUUACAGCACCUUAAAGUAACUUGUUUAUAAAAUACCUUUAUAACAAAUGAAGGUUAACUAUCACAGUUUAAAUAUAUAGCAUAUGAAUACGCAAUAGAAAGUACCAGGUAGAGUUAACAGGGAUAGUUCACCCAAAAAUGGAAAAUUCUGUCUUAAUUUACUUACCUUUUACUUGUUCCAGACCAGUUUGAGGCUCUUUCUUCUGUUGAACACAAAAGAAGAUAUUUAGAAAAAAGCUGAAAUCCUGUAACUAUUGACUUUUUAAAGUAUUUGUUUUUCCUACUAUGAAUGAAUGUCAAUGGUUACAGGUUUUCAACUUUCUUCAAAAUAUCUUCCUUUGUUUUUAGCAACUUAAGGGUGAUGAAUUAGUGAGUAACUUUCAUUUUUGGGUGAACUAUGCCCUUAAUCGUCUAAAAUGACAGCCAUUCAGUUCUGAAGCAUUCAUAGUUUUUUGUUUUACUUGAAUUUUGAUUCCAUUUAUAAAAUGAAACAUCCCAGCAGGCACAGAAUGUCAACAUGAUGUCAGCUUGAUAUUGUACCCCAAUGCUGUGGGGAUGUUGCAAUUUAUUUGUGAAUAUAAAUCAGGUUAAUGUCAGAACCCAACGUCAAUGUCCAACCUAAAAUCAACCAAAUAUCAACGUCUAAUGAUUUUACAGCUUGACGUUGUGUGGACGUUACCACUAUGACAUCUAUCAGAUGUUUGAGUUUGGUUGCCAUACCUGGUGAAUAAAUAUCAGUAUUUGAUGUCCAUAUGACGUUGGUUUAAGAUGUUGGCUCCACGUUGGAUUUUGGUCACUUUCCAACACAACCUAAAAUCAACCAAAUAUCAACGUUUAUGAUAUCACAGCUUGACGUUGCGUGGACGUUAACACUAUGACGUCAUGUUGGAGUUUGGUUGCCAUACCUGACAAAUAAAUAUCAGUGUUUGACGUCAAUAUGAUGUUGGUUUAAGAUGUUGGCUCCAUAUUGGAUUUUGGUCACUUUCCAACUCAACCUAAAAUCAACCAAAUAUCAACAACUAAUGAUGUUACAGCUUGACUUUGUGUGGACAUUUCCACUAUGAUGUCUAUCGGACAUUCGAGUUUGGUUGCCAUACCUGACGAAUAAAUGUCAGUGUUUGACGUCAAGAUGAUGUUGGUUUAAGAUGUUGGCUCUACGUUUGAUUUUGGUCACUUUCCAACACAACCUAAAAUCAACUAAAUAUCAACGUCUAAUGAUGUCACGGCUUGACGUUUACCAUUCCUGAUGAAUAAAUGUCAGUAUUUGACUUCAAUAUGACGUUAGUUUAAGAUAUUGGCUCAACAUUGGAUUUUGGUCACUUUUCAACAUAAAAUCAACCAGAUAUGUUAAUGGAUGUCAAAAUAAUGUCCUUAGACGCUGGCUAAACAUUGAAUUUUGAUCACCUAACAUCACGCCCUAAAUCUAACCUAGUAUUAACGUCUUAUGAUGUCAUGUGCCGGCUGGGAUUAUCACUAUUUCAUGAAGUACAUAAUCUUAAAUAAUAUCCUCAAUUCUACAUAAAACAUUCAAGAUUAAACGACUGUGUAAAAGUGUGGGGUUUGAAGGAUGAUUUUAAUGUUUCUGAACGAAUUCUCAGCGCUAGCAAAAACAAAGUAAAAUCUGCAAUAUUGCUAUAUAUCACCAUUUAAAAUAACUUUCAAGUCUUAAAAUUAAAUUAUUCCUGAAACUGAUAAUAAGUGAUGUUAUCAAAAUUGCUUAUUAUUUUGUGGACAAACAAAAUUGAAAUAGUUUAGUAGCUUUGCAAAUGUAGUUUGAUCAAUGUAACAUGUCUUUGUUGAAUAAAAGCAUUCGUUUAUAUUAAAUUAAAUCUUUCAAACCCCAUAUUUUUAGCAGUAGUGUAGUGUAUUUCAUUCAAUUGACUUUAUUUUCAUGUUUUGAAGGUGCUCGACUGCGAAAAGGCACAUACUUGUGCAAACACUGUUAGUUAAAAAAAGUCUGUUCCUCAAUAUGUGUCUUACUGAAGCAGUUCCUUCUUCAGUCUAUUAAUAAUCUGCAGAUACAACUUCCUGCUGCCUGCAUCAUCACCUUUAGUUUCUUUUACGCACACAGAUCUAGUUAGCAGGCCAUUUAUAAAUCAUGAGGAAGUGGUUAUAGAAUAUGUGGAAAAAUCAACUUAGUCGAUAACAACCUCAAGUUACUGUAGUUUUACUUACAUUUUUUGUGAAUAUUCCCACAUUAAGAAGUGUUUUUUGCGGUACCGAUUGUGUAAUAUAUGAACUUAACUGUAAAUAGUGCUUGAUAUAAAGUAUAAUGAGAUUCGUUUUAGUUGUCUGUCCAUUGCACACUCAUUUCUAUAGCGUUUCAUUUCCUAAUUUCCCUUCCUAUUUGUAUCAUUUAAUGGUAACUAGCUUAUUUGAACAUUAUGUUGUAAAUAACAUGGCCACCAUUGAAGUGCUUAAUAUUUAAGUUAUUAAUGUUCUGAUAUAUUCGUGUUUGAUGUCUGUCUGAAACAAAGCUUAAGAACAAAUUUAAAACGACUGUUUACUUUAAAAUGUUUACUGUUGAAGAGGCUGAUGGAUUUAUUGUCUAGCAGUAUGUGUUAAUUGCGUUUACUAACUGGACUAAUUUUAUGUUUUGUUUUAAUCGAAAUGCAUAUUAAAUGUGCAACAAAAAUGGGAAAUAAUUGCUUUGCAAAGCAUGUUUUAAUAAAGACAAAUGUCUUUAAUA